AUGGGAGAGUCCAUAGGGCUAGUUAAGAUUCUUAAGAAGAGGAUGAUUAAUAUUGCUUGCGUCCAGGAGACGAAAUGGGUGGGGCCUAAAGCUAAGGAGGUGGACGGGUAUAAGCUUUGGUUCUCGGGUAAGUCGGGAGACAGGAAUGGGGUAGGCAUCUUAGUUGAUAGUGAGCUAAGGGAUCAGGUGGUCGAGGUUAGAAGGGUUAAUGACAGGAUGAUGACGAUUAAGUUGGUCGUUGGAGGGUUCACCCUGAACAUUAUUAGUGCUUACGCGCCGCAAGUGGGCUUGGACGAGGAGGUUAAGAGGCGUUUUUGGGAGGAUUUGGAUGAAGUGGUGGGAGGGGAGAAGUUGAUGGCUUUGGGGGCGUGGGAGAGCAGGGGAGAUGCGAGCAGUAUGUGGGAUAGGACGUCCAGUUGCAUUAGAGAAGCAGCUAGAGAGGUUCUAGGAGUCUCAAGAGGUCGCCGUGGUGGGCACCGAGGGGAUUGGUGGUGGAAUGGGGAAGUCCAAGGUAAAGUGGAAGCAAAGAAGCAGGCAUAUGCGAAGCUGGUAGACAACAAGGAUGACGAAGAGAAGCGGACGAAUAGGCAAAAGUAG